CGAUCUCUGCUGUGGAUGCGCUCAUCAGAACGCGACAAAGAUGGCUGCUUGUCGGGUGCUCCGUCGCUUAUCCUCCAACUUUUCCACAGCUUUGCCUUUACUUACCCGUCCGGCUCCCCUUUCUCCAUUUCGACUGGCACCUAAACCUCAUUUUCAACGAACUCUCGCCACCUCUAGUCGAUUAUUGUCAGCGCUCAAAUUCACAGACAAGCACGAAUGGAUCCGAGUAGAAGAGGGAGGAAUAGGGACUGUCGGCAUCAGUAAUUUUGCACAGGAGGCUCUGGGAGAUGUAGUUUACUGUGGACUGCCAGAGGUGGGCACACAGCUGGCUCAGCAAGAUGAGUUUGGUGCCCUGGAGAGUGUGAAGGCAGCCAGUGAGCUGUAUUCUCCUCUGACCGGAGAAGUUGUAGAAGUCAAUACCCUCCUGGCAGACAACCCUGGUCUGGUCAACAAAUCCUGCUACAAAGAUGGCUGGCUGAUGAAGAUGUCCAUUGCCAACCCUGCAGAGCUUGAUUCUCUAAUGGAUGAGGCAGCAUACGAGAGGUACAUCCGCUCCAUUGAAGACUAACCCAACACUCCCCAAUAAGUUCAACGCUCCCCUCUCCUAUGAGUCACCACUGGCAGGGAAAUGCAUAAAACGUGCCUCUGUCAGCCACGGCGCCAUACUCGGCUUCCACCAGUGGAGCUCCUGAGCUCAACAGUACUGACCUGCCAGUGUUGUAGAGCUGUUUGAACAUUAGCAAUCCUCAAUCUACGGUUACUGACUGACCUUAGGGGACCUGUCAACCUGCACUGACAAAACAUCCAGUGUUGAGCCAUAAGGAAGUAUAUAGUGUUCAAUUCCUGUGGCGCCCAGACACUUAAACUGGAGGGACAAGAGACUGAUAAGCACAGUCAGUAGAACCAUUUGCAAGCAUUUCAUUCAAAAGAAAAUCUGCAUUUCUUGUAGUGGACUGUGAGAAUUAAAAAAGCACUUUGGUCUUUAUGGUAAUAUUAAUGUGGGUCUACACUGUAUGUGCAAGAGCUGUUCUAUGGACAUGGUACCUGCACAGUAGAAAAUAAACUUUUCCUCACACUUGA